GCUUCCUUUCUGUAGAUAUAUAAACACAAUUUUGUUGCCACCUCACUCCCCUUUUGUUCUUUCAUCUUUCGCCUUUUUGGAAAAGACUAACAAUCAAGGGAAUUAAUAUGCAUUCCGAGCAGUAAAUCUUCGACUUGGAUUUGAUUUUGAUUUUGAUUUUAUUUUUUUGACCCAAUAUUUUGAAGAUUACUAGAUUUACUUUCCUUGUUUUCAAAUUAUAGCUCCCUCACUUCUUUGGCCAAAGGUGGGGAGAAAAAAACCUGAAAAAAAGAAGAAGAAGCGUUUCUAAGUGUUUAUUGUUGAGUUUUCUCAUCUGUUUCGGCUUUUUUCUGACGAGUUUAAACUGCAUUGGACUUCAAACGCUUUGUUUUCGGGUUCGAUAAGGGAGAGUAGUCACUGUUGAAGCAAAUUCAUGGCAACUCUAAGUGAUAUUGGAGUUGCAGCAGCUAUCAAUAUUCUCAGUGCAUUUGCCUUCUUUUUGGCAUUUGCAAUUCUUCGGAUUCAACCACUGAAUGACAGGGUGUACUUCCCCAAAUGGUAUCUCAAAGGUUUAAGGUGCAGUCCUUUGGCCAAUGGUGCAUUUGUAAGCAAGUUCGUGAAUUUGGACUUCAGGUCGUAUGCCAGAUUUCUCAACUGGAUGCCUGCUGCACUCCAAAUGCCGGAGCCCGAGUUGAUCGACCAUGCCGGAUUGGAUUCCGCUGUUUACUUGAGGAUUUACUUAUUGGGGCUUAAAAUUUUUGUUCCCAUUGCGUUCUUAGCAUUUACAAUUAUGGUGCCAGUUAAUUGGACCAAUAAUACCCUGGAGCAUUCAGGCUUAACAUUCAGUGAUAUCGAUAAACUCUCGAUAUCAAAUAUACCAAAUGGGUCACUUAGGUUUUGGACACAUUUGAUAAUGGCUUAUGCCUUUACCUUUUGGACAUGCUAUGUGCUGAAAAGAGAGUAUGAGAUAGUGGCAUCAAUGAGAUUACAUUUCCUUGCAUCGGAACAACGGCGCCCAGACCAAUUUACAGUGCUGGUAAAGAAUGUCCCACCUGAUCCUGAUGAAUCCAUUAGUGAGCUUGUCGAACAUUUCUUUCUUGUCAACCAUCCAGAACACUAUCUCAGUCAUCAGGUUGUUUAUAAUGCUAACAAGCUCUCAGAAUUGGUCAAUGAGAAAAAGAAAAUUCAGAAUUGGCUUGACUACUAUCAAAAUAAAUAUGAAAGGAAUCCAUCUAAGAGACCUUUAUUAAAGAUGGGUUUCCUUGGCCUCUGGGGAGAGAGCGUAGAUGCAGUCGACUUUUAUACAGCGAAAACUGAGAGAUUAUCUAGAGAUAUAUCCUUGGAGAGGGAGAAGAUUACCAGCAACCCUAAAUCAAUUAUGGCAGCAGCAUUUGUUUCCUUCAAAACUCGAUGGGGAGCUGCUGUUUGUGCACAAACUCAACAAUGUAGGAACCCAACUAUAUGGUUGACUGAGUGGGCUCCGGAACCACGAGACGUGUACUGGGAAAACCUAUCAAUUCCAUUUGUUUUUCUCACAAUUCGGAGGCUCAUUGUUGCUGUUGCAUUUUUCUUCCUUACAUUCUUUUUUGUGAUUCCUAUUGCAAUCGUGCAAUCCCUUGCUAACAUAGAGAGCAUUGAGAAAGCACUUCCCUUCCUAAAACCUAUAAUUGAAGUGAAAGUCAUAAAGUCAUUCAUUCAAGGCUUUCUUCCUGGGAUUGCUCUGAAGAUAUUUCUUUUAUUUCUGCCCACAAUAUUGAUGAUAAUGUCAAAGUUCGAAGGAUUUAUUAGCCUAUCGGCUCUGGAAAGGAGAUCGGCCAGUAGAUAUUAUUUCUUCCAAUUUAUCAAUGUUUUUCUCGGGAGCAUAAUCACCGGAACUGCAUUUCAGCAACUAAAUAAUUUUAUACACCAGUCUACAAAUGAGAUACCAAAGACAAUUGGUGCCUCAAUUCCAAUGAAGGCAACAUUCUUCAUUACUUACAUAAUGGUCGAUGGUUGGGCUGGAGUUGCUGCCGAGAUACUGAGAUUGAAACCUUUGAUAAUCUAUCACUUGAAGAAUUUCUUCUUGGUUAAGACCGAAAAGGACCGUGAAGAGGCAAUGGAUCCUGGAACCAUUGGUUUCAAUACAGGAGAACCUCAAAUACAACUUUACUUCUUACUUGGUCUUGUGUAUGCUAUAGUUACUCCUAUCCUGCUUCCUUUCAUAAUCGUCUUCUUCGCAUUGGCUUUUGUCGUAUUUCGCCAUCAGAUCAUAAAUGUCUACAAUCAAGAAUACGAAAGUGCUGCUGCAUACUGGCCCGAUGUUCAUUUACGUAUCAUUGUCGCAUUAAUCGUCUCGCAGCUGCUACUAAUGGGAUUAUUGAGCACAAAAGAAGCUGCUUCGUCGACUCCAUUGCUUAUCACCCUUCCUGUGUUAACCAUAUGGUUCCACAGAUUUUGCAAAGGGCGUUACGAACCGGCUUUUGUCCGAAAUCCUUUACAGGAAGCAAUGAUGAAGGAUACAUUGGAGCGAGCAAGGGAACCAAACUUGAACCUAAAAGGGUUCCUUCAGAACGCGUAUAUUCACCCGGUAUUCAAAAGUGCAGAUGAUGACAAGAUUGAUGUAGUCAUGGAAGAAUGGGAAGAGGAACCUUCGCUCAUUGCUACAAAACGCACGUCUAAAAGGUCAACGCCGUUAUCUAGUAAACAUGGUAGAUCAUCCUUCUCAUCGCCUGAAGCUAACAAGGAACGUUCAAAAACUUGAGACAUUUCUUUUUGUUUCACCUGGUAGUUUGUACAUUUAGGUCAUUGGGAGGUUAGAGUGGCUGAAAUCCCUUCACCUAAGUAGCUUUUUAGAUUGAUGUAGACAUGUUCACGCUGGUCGUCAACGUAUAUCUUAACAUAAUCAUAAGAUAUAAUCCUUUCAAAAAAAUUUCAAAAAUAUAAUUUUUUUAAAAAAAUUAAAA